ACCGUUCGGACGUGCGCGUAAGCGUGUCGUUUUUAUUCGUGGCGAAUAAAAAUAUCGAGGAAAAAGCUCGCACGUGCGACGCUUGCAAAAAAAAAAAUAUAAGAAAUUUAUAUAUAUUACUACAAGUGCGGAAUCCAAAUAAAUAUUCAAUAACGAGUGCAAAAAUUAUUGGCAAGCGCAAAAAAGAUUUAUAAAUAGUGCAACAACAACAACAGCACAAUAAAAGAAUUUGUCAGGCGGCGUUUGUUUUUGUUCUCUCUCCCUCUCUCUCACUCUCUCGCUCGCUCGCUCUCGCUGUCUCUUUUUAUCAUUCGUCUGCCGGCCUUCGUUGCGCGUGUGUGCGUGUGUCUCCGCAUCCGUAUAUCCGUGCGUGUGUCCGUGCGUGCGUUUGUGUGUGUGUGUGCAGCGCAAAGAUAAAAAAGUUGAGAAAUUGAGAUAUACGAAAUGAAAUACAAAAAUUCAACUUAAGAAAUGGCGCCGAAGAGAAAUUAAUUUAUGGCGAAAAUUUAAUAAGUGCAGGGCAUAAAAAAAAAAGUGCGCACAAGUUUUCACCCAGCCGACAAAAGCCGGCCGAUAUAUAUAUUUCUAUAAAUACAACUUAAAUAAUAUCGAAAUAUUCUAAACACGCGACAAAAUAAAGAAAGAAAGAAAAAUCCUGUGUGUGUGUUUGAGUGUGCUAAAAUGCCGUCGGCAAAAUGCUAAAUGCGAAUGCAACAAAAUUAGUUAAACUAGCUGACAAAUCAAACAAAAACCAAUCAACAAAUGUGCCAAAUUGUUAAGUGGAAGUCCAGUAAUUAGACAGAUUGGACUAUUAGCAUAACAAACAAAAGAUAAAAGUACAUAAGAUAUGGAUCCCAAUCGUAGCUCUUUAAAAAAUAUUUAGAGGACAAGAAAACACAUGUAGAGGUUAUUCAAAGACCUUCUUUGAUCUUAUAGAAUCGACUAUCACAUAAUUCAAAGUUACUCCCAAAUCACGAAGCUAUAUUCAUUAAACAUCAAGAGGGUCACAAUCGGAAACUGGUAAAAAUGGAUUACUAGCAAGAGCCGAAACUUGGUUAUCUAAAAUAUUGCCCAAAAAUGACCGAAUACGUGACGCCCUUGAUUAGCACCGUCUUGAAGAAAUACCAGACGAGUGCCACGAAAUCGCUUCAGGGCCCAGGACACACCCUAACAUCCGCCGGUGUCCUGGAUAUUGCCACCAACGGAAGAAGUGAGAGUCCUGGCUUGGGCUUGUCCAAUGGAAAAUGCCAAGCCUCGUCGCCAAAUGUUGCUCUAAUAAAAAAGGAAAUACUCAGUUCACCAGAGCCCCAGGACCUCCAUCAUGAAUGCUCAUCGAGGGGCACGCCCCCACAGAUAUAUCCACCCGCCACGCCUUCCAGGGAACUCUCACAACCGAUCCUAUCGGUAGCCGAUUCGGGAUGUGGAAAACUGUACGAGACGAAGUUGGAGGGAAAAACCAUUGGAUGCUUUUCCGUGGGCGGUGAAAUGAGACUUUGCCUGCCCCAGUUUCUCAACAAUGUUCUCAAUGAUUUUUCGCUGGAACAGAUCAACAGGAUCUUCGAUGAACUGGGCAUCUACUGUUCACAGUGCACGCCCGAUCAGCUGGUGGAAUUCAAGGCCGCCGAGAUCCUGCCAUCGGAUGUUAAGGCCAGCGGCUUGAUCACCCGCACCGAUGCGGAGCGUCUCUGUGCGGCUCUACUCCAUCGCUCGGACCGGAAUAGCUAUGUCCCGAUCGAGAGUUUGCCCAAGGGGGCACUGAGUUUCCACGUCUAUCACAAGUGCUUUGGCAAAUGCGAGGGCAUCUGCACACCCGACAUGUACUCACACCAGAAGCCGACCUGCAUCAAGUGCCUGGAGUGCGACGGCUGGUUCUCGCCACAGAAAUUCGUGGGUCAUGUGCAUCGCAAGUUCGAGAAUCAGACAUGUCACUGGGGCUUCGAUUCGCGCAACUGGCACGAUUAUCUUCAUGUGGCGCUGAAUGUGGAGAACCGGGAGAAGUACCAGAUCGUCCUGGAUGAGCUGAAGGAGGUGGAGAUCAAGGAGAUGCACAAAGAGAUGCACAAGGCGCAAUGGGAAUUGGAUCACAAAAAAAGAAAGGCGGAAAUGCUCAUGGACGAUGGUCUCCUGGGCUCGGGGCAUGUUCUUGGCUUGGCGGGACAUCCUCAUGGACUGGUAGGCGCCUUGGCCCCGCCCCCGCCGCCGCCGAUGAAACAGCCCCAGAUGGACAUUCCCAGUGGCAAGAAGCAGCAGCAGCAGCAGCAGCAGCUUAAGGGGGCGUCGACGGCUGCCACGCCCGCGCUGGAGUAUCACUAUCAGAUUAUGUAUGCGCAGUGUGUGCAGCAGCAGCAGCAGAGGGAGCGGGAAAGGGAGCGAGAGCAUCUGCCACACUCGCACUCGCAUUCGCAUCCCCUGCCCCACCAACAUCGAGCCGUACUGGUGGCCACCGCCCCCCACCCACAUGGACCGCAUCACCACCCACCACCCACGCUGAACUCCUCGUCGGCCUUCCGACCUUGGGGACCCACCACCGCCAAGGCUUUUCUGCAUGCCUACAAUGCCACGCUAUCUUCGCUACCCUAUACCUGCCAGGAACCACCCAAGCUCCAGAAUCCGGAGCGAGUGGUGCGGAGUACGGACAAGAGAUACGCGGAGACGACUUACCAACCCAAUGUGGCCUUGGCACCGCGGAAGAGUAUGCUCUCCAAGGAGCGGGACAGCGAGAGGGAGCGCCUGGAAAGGGAGGUGAUGGAGCGGCAGAAGUUGCGGGAGAAGGAGCGGGAUCAGCAGGUGGUGCACAUCAAGCUAGAACGCGCGCAGACACCCACACCACCCACAAUAUCGCCGCCCGAGGAUGUGGCAGCACCUAUGGAGGUCGUCGAACCACCGCACACCUCCUCGAGUGGCAGCAAUUCACCACUACCCGCCCACCUGCCACCCGCAGCACCAGCCACCGCACCACCGAAUGCUGUCGGUGGUGCACCGCCGACACCCACUAACCUGCGGAACAUGCGCAGUCCCGAGGAGUUUUCGGCGGGUGGCAGUAAUGAGAUUACCUCCUCCACCUCACCGCACCACCAGGUGGUGCAGCAAUCGGCCGGAGUCCAACCACCGUCGCAGCACAUCAUAGCCACCGUUAAUCAGCAUGCCAAACUUUUACCCAGCUCUAGUUCGCUGCCAAACGGUAAUGGCAGUUCGUCGCUGGCAGCCACAAACAACGAACCAAGUCGGAUUAGGAUCAACAAGAACCUGAUGAGUCAGCAGCCAGUGGUGGGGGUGAGUGGCAUUGCCCCACAUCACCACCAGCACCAUUCGACGCACAUGCAUCACUACGGCCAUGGGUACUACAAGAGUCAAGCCUCAUCACCCACUCAAUCCUCCAGUGCUGGCCUGAACCUGAGUACCCAUUCAUCGAAUGUGGUCAGUUCGCCGCAUCAUCCGAACCAUCAUCAGAAAACGCAGCAUAGUUCAGGAGGAUCUGGCAACCAUAGCCUGCAAAAUGGCAAGCCCCAUUUGGGCAGUGAAUUUGAGUUAUCCACGGACACUGAUGAUACGGACAGUCUGAAUGGUGAGCCCGAUUCGAGUGCCAUGCUACCACCCUGGGAACAGGCGGUCGAAUCCUUGAGAGAAACUCGUCCCAGAGAUCGGGAGAGGGUGCUCCAGCUACUUCAGCGAUUACUGCAGGAGAACCAUCAGUAUCGAUACAAUAACAUCCAACUGAGUGAGCUGCUCCACAAACAAGACGCCCAUAUAGCCGAUCUUACGGAGCAACUUCAAAGAUAUCGCAGACAGUUCGAGGAGCAGGACUGCAAACUAGAUCUUCGAAAGAUGCCAUUCAAGCAGCAAACUCGACUGGAGGAAGUGGUGGAUGAGAGUCGAGGAGAGCCGGAGGAGGACGAGGACUUGGAGGAAGAGGAAAUGGAGGACAGAGCUAAUAACAACAAUCAACAGGAGCUAUCUCCCCUGAUAAAGCCCCCAACAAAUGGCCUGCGACGAAGUGCCACGCCCCUUAACUGUUGUCGGAGUGAGGGGGAUUGCGAAAAACUGGAAGAGCCAGAAAACAAAAGAAUGAAGCUGCAGGAAGAAGAGAAAAUUCAGGACAGGCAGGUGGAGGAGGAGGAAAGUCCCUCAAAUAAUUCGGAGCCAGACGAUUUGGAAAAGACGCUAGAAAAUGACGAUACAUCUCCCCCCAAUGAUAAUAUUAAAAGUCCCCAGCCCAGUCAAAUCUCCAGCGAUGAGGAAAUGGAGGAAGAUGAAGAUGAAGAGGAGGAGGAGGAGGAUGAGGAUGAACGGGUUCAGAUACAAGCUCCCCACAGCAGUGCCCUGGCCACGCCCCCCACGGCGACAACGCCCCUUUCACCGGACUCGGCGGCAACUGCCGGCCAGUUAUUCGAUAGCAGCAAUAGCAGCGAUGAGUCCUCGAUGAAGAAGGCCCAAAUGUCCGCCUGCCAUGCACUGGAAAAAAUCAGCAGCAACGUCGCCAGCGAUGAGAACAACCAAAGGCUUGAAGAGGAAAGCCAGGAGGAGGAGGCGGAAGUGGAGGUGGAAGCGGAGGCGGACGAGGAUCCAGAUGAAGAGGACUCCGAUGACGAUGAGAUGCCAUUGCAGCAGCGACAGCAGCAGCAACGCCAGCGGGUAGGACCUCAGACCGCGGUCAGUGGAUCAGCCCCUGCCGGCCACCAUCAGGCACCACCACAUCCACAUCCACAUCCACAUCCACAUUCACAACCACAUCCACAUCCCCCCAUGGCCACCAAGGCCAGCAAGAAGCAAACGCCACCAGCACCACCCACAACAGCCACAUCCGGCACAACAUCAGCGACAACGAACUGCGAGUUACAAAUCAAAAAGGAAAUAGCCUAGAGAUAAAUACCCAAAAAAAAACCUCUCAAAGAAAAGCUCUUUCGCACACACAACAAAGCAGUUAAAUCAUAGUUAAGAUCCCCAUUUUAUUUCAAAAAAGAAAGUGCAGCCGAAAUUCAAGCACAAAACAUAAACGCACAUAUUGCCCAUUUGAGGGGUAUUAUAAAGAAAGCAAAUAUUUCGCAAAUAGGGAGGAACAAAGUAUAAUUCGAUAUUUUUUGUAAGGGUUUUCAAAAUAUCUGCUAAGAAAAACUGGCUUUCAAACUCUUUUAAUAUAAGGGGUUUACGAUAUGGACUUUGAGUAUUUAAAUUAAAAAUCACUUUUUGUUAAGAUGAUUUUGAUUUUGAUUUGAUUUUCAAAUAACUUGAGCCUUCUGCGACUCCUUUAAUAUUUUAUUAUUUUUAAUAAAUUUCCAAUCAACAGUUUAAAGGCCUUUUAUAUUAACAGAAAUUCGUUAUAACUAAACUUAAAAUCCAGGGAAUUUCAUCACUUUCAAAACCAAACAUUUCCCUAAAAAAAACAAUUUAAAAUUAAAAAUAUUUUUCAAAACGCUUUCACAUAGCUUGAAUUGAUCUCACUUAUAUAAAAAAAGGAAAAAAAAACAAGUUAUUUAGGCUUCCCUAAUUCGAAAAUCUUUCAGCGUGCUUGCAGAAAUUAUAAAUGAAACCAAAGCUUUAAAAAAUUUAAUUUUUGUAUAUUAUUCAACGACCAACUUGUGCGUGUGUUAAUAGCACUUAUAGUUAAACCUAAAUAAGUUAUUAUUUGUUUUAACUUGAAAACUUUUAAACCCAAAAUAAUAUUCAAAUCGAGGCUUUGAAAGCAAAAUUUAGAAAAGGUUUUUCUUUGUUCAGACAGGCAGCUGGUUCUUAUUAAGAAGGAUGUUAUUACAUUUAGUUUGGACCCUAACUUUAAGUUGAACAGACAAAUCGAUAGAGCAAAAUGAGAGGACACACAAAAUGAACCCACCACAGAUAACAACAAAAUUAAUGCUAAAAUAUUCUAACAUAAUUCUUAUUAAAGAAAGGAAAACCAAUAUUAAUAAAUAAGAUGUUGCCGCGUUAAAUUAUACAAUACAAAUAUGAGUAAUAUUCUACGAUAUAUGAUAGUUGAUGAGCAGCAAGUGCGGGAUUAUUAAUUAAUGCUAAGCCUUCACGAAAAGCAUAAACAUAUACAUAACAUACAUAAAGAUUAAUAUUUAUUGUAGCUGCUAAUUCGAGCAAUUAUCUUAUUUGUAAAAUUAUAGCCUUCUGUUCUUCUUCACCUUUUAAGCUUUGCUCUGUAGGCAUUUAGUUUCGUAGAUUGUAACCAUACAACAACCACAUUUGCUAACUAGUUCAUAAGGCUUAUCGUUGGCUAAGUUCUUUGUCUAUUGUGAAUGACAUCGAAUGGUCAUCAGUUUUUUGUAAAUAUUAUUUUUCCUUCGACGAGAUUAGAGUACAACGGAUUUUAGUUGCCAACACUUUGUGAGAAACAUAUGUAUAUGCUAGAUAACUUCUGGAUGAUAACCAACUGGAAACAAACCCAAGCCAAGAGCCAAGCGAAAAGAGCGCAGAGAUUUCAAAAAUCUAUAAACUUUUGUUAUAAAAACAUAUUUCAUAAAUUAUUUAUGCCUGUGUGUGUUUGUACUUUUUAAAAGAAAACAUUUCGUUCUGUAUUUAAGAAUACAAAUUCUAACCUAACAUAAAACAAAACAAAAAGAAAAGAAAAGAAAAUUUAAACAUUUAAACAAAUUCAAACCAAAAUUUGUCUAGAUCCUAAGCUAAAAUUGUGUAAAAUUGUAUAAAUUUAAAAGAGCUAUAAACGAAACAUUUAAACCAUUUAAAAACCAUUUAAAUUGAGAUAUUAAGCAUGAAAAAAUCCACUGUUAUGCAUAUUUAAAGAAGUUAAAUAAAAUAUAUGGAACAAAAAAUGAAAAAAACAAAUUACAAUUGCUAUGCAAAAAUAAAAACAAAAAUAUACAAAUUAUUGUAAAUGAAUUCUCUCCAUUUUUGUGUUUUAUUUGCCAGACCAGAACCAGUACGAUAAUAAACGAAUUACAUUAAAUAAAUUAUAAAUCACAGCAAUACAGAAAAGUACCGAAUAAAUAGGGACGAAAAAUGGUUAAUCAAAAACGUCAAAACGGUUUUCAGCAAAUUUCGUGUAUUUAUGGCCAAAUUUUAUAAAACGAUAAAAAUAGUUGAGCAUACAGAGACGAGAAAAACCCAAACAUUUUUUGUAUCAUUUUUGCUAACAACCCAAAGAGAUAAACAACAAAACAAACAAUCAUUUUUAUAAUUAAACGAUUAAAAUAUAUUGACAAAUUUUACAUAACCCGAGUGUUUAUAUAUGACAUAUUAUAUAUUUAAAAUUAAAUACGAUAUAGAAUGAUGCCCAGCAAAACACGAGCAUCUUUGCCCCGCUUAAUGAAUCGACUUGAUAUUGUUAAAACUUAAACGUGCAAAGGCUAAGUAACCAGAAGAACAAGAAAUCACAAAAUAAUGGCAUAAGUUAUAUAUUAAUUAUUUAAGCAUGCAGCAACAAAUCCGCGUCUUGUCAAAAUACAACAUAUACAUAAUUAUAUGUCUGACGAUUCAGAAUGCAGAAAUAAAAUGUACAAAUUGUGGAGCAAAUAAACAAUAGAAAAUAUAGUGAGAAUUCGGAGAGGAGUAUGAACGAAAACUUAAAAUGAAAUGCACCACAUGCAAAUAAAGUUUAAUCAAAUUAAACAGUUAAUGAAAAAACAAAUUUGACUUCAACGUUUCAUAUUUAAGUAGUGCAGAAACAAAUAAAUACAAAGGAAAACAAAAAUAAAUUAUUACACAUGUAAUGAAAACAAAAACAACAAAUAAAAAAGCGAUAAAUAUUA